AUGUUCUCGACGCGCUUCUUUGCUCUCAUCGCCCUCGCUGCUGCAGUAAAUGCUGCCCCUACUGGCGGCUCGCACACGCCCGUUUCCAUUUCGACUGGCGAUGGUCACGAUUUGUCGGUGGAUAUCAACGCUUCAAUUGACAAGCGCACAUCCAUUGGAGACAGUUUGACUGACGAUCUCUCAUCGACCUUGGAUAAUCUCAACCCAAUCCUUGGACUUGACGCAGAGGUUCAUCCUAACCGCCUGAACGAACUAUUUGACAAGCGUACUUCAUCUGGCGAUCUUUCGGCUCUCAACCUCGAUGACUUGAAUCUCGGCCUAGACGCAGAGGUUCAUCCUGACCGCCUGAACGAUCUUUUCAACAAGCGCACUUCCUCAGGUGAUGACCAUCCGUUUAACCUUCCUGACGCAAACGUCGGGGUGUCCGUUUCCGGCGAGGAACUCAUCGACGAUCUAUUCUCUAAACGCACUCCCGGAAUGGAUGGGCUUCCCUCGGUCAACUUGCAUGGUUUAGACGGAAGUUUGGCCAGCGUCAACGCUGAUGUUGACCUCCCCGACUCUCUCCUCUAA